GCCAUCCCAUAUACACAAUUCAAUACCAACUAAACUCUACACUACACGAUGACAAGAAGACCAAGCUGCCCCGUUGACCUGACCACCAAUGACGAAGAUGAUAAUGGCGAUCAAAAUAAUGACAAUGGCGAUAAUGGUGAUCAAAACAAUGACAAUGAUAACGCAAAUCCAGAAAACGAAGGAAAGAAGAAAGCUCCAAACUACACAGAACCCGAGGACUAUGAGCUAUGCCGCGCCUGGGUUCAGGUAUCCGAAGACCCUGCCGUUGGGACCAAUCAAGAUGGAGGGACGUUCUGGCAACGAAUCAGCACGGUAUAUCACGAGGCUGUACCGAGACCGAUUCGGCCCGUUACCAGCUUGAAAAAACGAUGGAGCAAUAACGUGCAGCCGCCAAUCAAUAAGUUUCGUGGUAUUGUUCACCAGGUUGAAGCACUCAACCAGAGUGGAGCUUCCACCAAGGAUCAGUUGAACCGAGCUCUCCGCCUGUACGCCGCGGAUCAACUAACACACUUCAAACAUCUGCGAUGCUACAACCUUCUCGUUAAAAGCCCCAAGUGGAAUUCGUACUGCCGUGAUAACGAUGCUAAAGAAGCUGCAAAGAAAAAGCGAGCUCGAAGUCCGAGUAGCGAGGCUCCACCAUCAAAUCAACUGGCAUCGACACCAGCACCAUCGGAUCCUGUCACCGACUUUGAAGGUACUGGCACGGAUCCAUCACCUAUGGAGCGACCUAUUGGAAAAAAAAAGGCUAAGACACUCAUACAAAUCGCAGCCAAAGAGCAAGUUUGGAAGGACGAAGUCGCAAGUGCUCAUGGUAAAAUUGCCUCUGAAUCGAAGCGACUCAACGACAUCUUCGAUAAUGACUCUCAGUCGCUCAAGGCCAUCGCGCAGAAUAGCACCACUACAUCUCAGCUCGCAAUAAUGAACACAAACCUCGAAGGCCUCGACGAUGAGCAAAAGGAAUACUUCAAGCUCAAAAGGGCGGCGAUUCUCAAAUCACUCCGAGAGGAAGCUAAUUCAAGCUCCGAUUAAUUCAUCAAUUUGGUCGAUUUGGUGGUUCGGUCAACUAUGUGGUGUUACUAUUGGCUCUCUACUGGAUUUUUUUUUCUUCAUGCUUCUACCCAUCAACCGGCUUUCAAUCUUUUGUUGUCUUGUUUCAU